CACUAUAAUCCCCCCAAAACGGGCAUUCUGUCCUACCUGCCCCCGACGUGGGUGCCUUACGCAGAGCUAAUCCGCCUGAACAAGCCCACCGGGGUGCUGAACAUCUACUUGCCCUACCUAUUCGGCGCCCUCUACGGCUCCUGGAUCAGCUCACCCAGCCCCAUCACACUGAUAUCCCGGGUUCUGCUACUCCUCAUCGCCUCGUUCAUCCUACGCAGCCUCGGCUGUGCCUGGAACGACAUCAUCGACCGUGAUCUGGACCGACAGGUCGUGCGAUCCUGCCUCCGGCCCAUGGCCCGGGGGGCCAUUCCCCUCCCCCUGGCCCUGAACUUCACCCUUAUCCAACACCUCCUCUGGCUGGCCAUCAUCUCCCCGAUCCUCCCCCUCCAACAGAACUGGACCUACAUCCUGCCCCUGACGGGGCUUGUCCUCGCCUACCCCUUUGGAAAGCGCUUCACCCACCACGCCCAGGUCAUUCUAGGCGUGACCCUCGCUUGUGGAAUCCCCAUCGGUGCUAGUGCCGUGGGCGCGAACCCCCUGCACUUCUCCCCACCACCACCACCAUCAUCAUCAACCACCCCUCACCACCCCACUAACGGUAUAAUCUCCCUCUUCAUCGUUUACAUCCUCUGGAGCAUAAUCCACGACACGAUCUACGCGUUCCAAGACGUGGCGGACGACAUCCGCGCCGGGGCCAAGUCCAUGGCCGUGCGGUACCAGACCAUCGCGCGACCACUGCUCCUCCUGUGCGGCCUGCUCAUGGUAGCGUUGCAGGUCUAUGCAGGUGUCGUCGUCGGUGCGCAGCUUGGCUACCACGUUAUUUCCGCCGGCGGGUCGGCGUUAGUCGUUGGUGUCAUGCUGUGGCGUGUGCGGCUGCAGGAUCCCGGCGACUGUGAGUGGUGGUUUCGUCAAGGAACCCUGGCCUGGGGGCUGGUUGUUACAGGGGGGAUGGUGGUGGAG